AUGAACAGACGUCGACUAUACGAGAAGGGUGGUGUUUUUGCAUGGGUUGGAAAUCCAGGUGAUGACAAUCAAGGACUAGCGGUCGCUGAAGCAGCUCAACAAAUUGACCUUUCCACGGAUAUCACACAUUCGUUUUUUGAUUUCAUAUCCACCAAAGAAAUCAUCCAUGGCAAAAAUCAAGCAGCAGGGCGUCUCAAGCCUUCACAUUCGUUUGAUGUUGACUUCAAGUCAGUUAGUCUUUUGAUUUAUUGCAGUUGUUCCGUUAAACGUUGCUUUCUAUCAGCAGUUUCGUUCAGGCUGAAUUCAGUGGGAUGGUCAUCACUGAAAACCGAUGAACACCCUGCAGGGCUACUGAUUGGUGGAGGUGAAAGUGGUAUAGUGUAUGUGUUUGAUGCGGCCAGUCUUAUUCGAGGUGAAAAAUUGAACCGCGUUGGUGACACACGAUAUCAUCAAGGUCAUGUGUCAAGUAUUGACGUGAAUCGUGCGAACAACAAAUGGGUGUGUUCAGGUGGUGGAUAUGGUUCAGUCCUUAUUUGGGAUAUGAACAGCCCUUUGAAUCCAAUGUCCCCAGGCACUUCAAAUUACAAUAAUCAAAUUAAAUGUGUUCAAUGGAAUCACUUUGCGGAACACAUAUUAGCGAGUCUUUCGAAUGAACGAUGCUCCAUUUGGGAUCUUCGAAAGCCAGGCUCACCGAUUCUCGAUGUUGCUGAUAUCGGUAAUGGUGUCGACUGGAGCGUAAUGCGGUGGAAUCCAAAUCCAGCAAACGGCAAUACGUUAUGUUUGGCCUCACAAAGUGAUUCACUGCCAAUUCUGCAAAAGUGGGAUUUAAGAUACGCAUCCGAACCAGUUUUAACCUAUCAGUUACACAGCAGCGUUUGUAGAGGUGUAUUUGGUAUGGACUGGAGUACGUACGAUAGUGAAAUAUUGGCAACAUUGGGCAGAGAUGAGCAAAUACUGUUUCAGAAUCCGAAUAAUGGUCAACUGAUUGGAAGAGAUGUUGUGAAAGGUACAUUCCAUGAAUGUUUGUCGCACCUUUCAGUUUCUUUUCUUGGAUUGAUUUUUGAAGGUUGGCCUCGACAUUUCUCAUGGAAUCCAUCCAAUCCGAACCUAUUCGCUGUAUCGUUCUUCGAUCGUCCGAUAGAGAUUCACUCGUUGACACCAUUCGCAACAGAUGAAACUCAGGUGUGCGAAACUAAAAGCGAUGAGUUCCAACUGUCAGUAAUUCCUGCAUGGAUGAGACGGGGCUCGUGUGGAGCACAAUUUUCAUACGGCAGUAAACUGUGCACCUUCGAGGUACAAUCUGAUCCAGCAACGAACACAUCCUCAUCGGUUGUUUUCAUCAAAAAGAUCGAACAAGAUGAAAGUGUCGAGAAACGAAUUGAAGCGUUACAAACGGCUAUCGACACGAAUCAGCUUUCAAUCUAUUGUGAAUGGUGUGCACAGCAAGCUGACAACGCAGAUGAGAAAGUGAUAUGGGAUAUUCUGUCGAAGCAUUCUCUUAAUGCGUCUAGAACUGAGUAUCUUCGUCUCAUUUCGAAUGAUGCUCAGAAGGACUCACAAGUAGGCGAAGACCUGAACGAGUUAAUAAGUCAAAUGGACUCAUGUCAUAUGUCACCUGAGAAUGAUUCUGAAGAAGAAAAUGACACUCAGAAUCUACUGGAUGAUUCAGAAGUGUUUGUAAAUGAGCAGAAACCAUCCCAACAGUGGCCAAACAGAAAUAUGACGCAAAUGUCGUUGAAAGAAUCCACUCCUGAUGACGAUUCAUUUUUGGCGAUGCUGAGUAACGAUGAACCUCGUAAAUCAGUUGCUGAUGCAAUUUUGAAAAGAGACUGGACAUUAGCGCUGUUAUUGGCGCAUACAAAUUCUGAUCAAGACGCGGUUCGAUUCAUUGCAAGAAAACUUUAUGAAGAUCCGAAUUCGUCUUUCCGCAUCCGAUUGGUAGCUUUGAUGGCCGCUGGAAUGUGGGAGCAUUUGUUGUAUUCAUGGGAAAUCGUUGAUUGGAAAAAAAUCUUGUUAUUAAUCCUCGCACAGGCACCGUCACAUAAAAUUCGUUCUCUCUGCAAUCGGCUUUGUGAUAGAAUGUUGAUGGAAAACAGUGCGGAAUAUCUGCUGGAUGCAGCGAUACCGGCAAUAAUAUGCGGUGAUAUUGAGGCACUUAUGGAUGCGACGAGAUCGUUGAAGCUUGAUCAACGAAUUGCAUUGGCUCUUAUUCUUAGGCAUUCAUUGGGUUCGUUAUCUCGUGUUUCAUUUGUAGGUGGUGGCAGCUCGAGAACGGUAUCAGCUGGACCGAAAUUCCAGUCGACGCUGGAAGAGUACGUCAAAGGUAUCGCCGAGAAAGGGUUCAUCGAAGCAGCGUGGAAAAUGAUUGAACCAAUUGAUAACGCGGAAUGUAAUGAGGGAUUAAAGGCACUUCGUUAUACGUUGUACAACGUUAUCGGUAGCGCAUUUGCAAUGAAUCAGCAGCGUUCUUUAAUUCCAAUCGAUCCGUAUGCCAAAAUUCGUGAAGAGUAUUCGAAAUUGAAUGCAGUCUAUCAGCAGCCGUCCUCUGCACCAGCAAAUCGUCGAUUGAUGCCACUAGCACAACAGCCUUCGUUUAUGCAACCGACGACUUUACCGAAAUUUCCUCAGCAACCCUCGACUUAUCCUCCUCAACAAACACCUCUUCAAAACGCUGCUGGUUUAUCUUCACCUUACGGAGCCCCACAGACUCUAUCUAAUUCUUACUCGUCGUAUCCACCCUCAUACAGCGUCCAGCAACCGCAAUCGAUGAUGUAUCCGUCUCCAAAUCAACCUCCUCCUAUCCCCGGCCAUCCAGCAUCUGCCAUAAGUAACGGUUAUAUUCCGUCACCAUCGAUGCCUCAACAGUCUCCGUCGUCGUGCUAUCAGUCAAAUAUGUGCUCACCUCCAUAUGCACAAUCGACCUGUAUACCGCCGCCAAACCCUUCCUAUCCUGCAGCGCCGUCUAACCCUCCGAUGGGUCCGUAUGGUUCACUACCAACUUCGGCUGCAACGGCAAGAAUAAGGACAAUUUCGACCGCAUCACAGUCGUCAACGACUGCAGAAGGGACAAGCAGACAAGUGGUGGUGGGUUCACCAAUGGCAAGAAGAAUGUCAACGUCAUCAGGUUGGAAUGAUCCACCUGUGAUCGCAGCGAAAAAGAAUGAACCUCAUUCGGCACAAAUCGCAGAUAUUCAUUUCAAAAUGGUACCGCUGAAUGAAGGAAUGCCUUAUGGAGUGAAUCAGCUGACUGCUACGACUAACCAACAAAACGUUGCACCAUCCGAAACACUGAAUAACUCUACUCAACAACCGCUAGCAAGCUAUACCCUUUCGGAAGCAGAUAAUUAUCUGAUUACAACAAUUCAGAACCUCAUCGCGACUAUUCGUCAAUACAAUAAAACAACUAUUGUUACGCAUAAAAUGAGUGACGUCGAGCAUAAAGUAUCCACUGAACUAAUUCCACGUCUUGCCAGAAAUAAUUUCUGUCAAGAAACGCUCUCUCAACUGUAUCGUAUGGCCGCAUCGAUGAACACCACCGAUUUCCGAACAUGUCAGCAAAUAUGUACUGAAUUGGUUCGAGGAAACGAUUUUGUGGAGUUAUCGUCGGUGAUACCUGCACUCAAAACGCUAUCUUCGACAGCGCUUCAGUUAUAUGGCCAUUGA